CGAUGCUAAUUGCAUCUAGCUAUAAAUACCGGUUGACUCUUGGCGUUCAUUCUUUAGCCUACUAGAACGGCCUGAACUCCUGGAAGCGCAUGACCCCGCCACGAAUCUUCUCACAUAUAGCAUAGCUCGCCAAUACCGGGAAAAGAGGAGACACAACUUAUAUAAGCAACUCGCUACCAAUCAGAUUUAGUUUGGUGUCUUUUUCCACUGCUAAACUAGGCCUAUAUUUGACUCAACUGAACUUUCACAUCACUCUGUAGGCGCACGGUGACCGUGGUGUGUAAAAGGACACUUCCAGCGCGUUUUGCUUCAUCGCGGGCUACGGUCUCUUUAUUUGAACACGCACCAGGCAGCUGGAAUGAUAUGACCAUUGGCCAUGUCCAUUUAGCAAAUUUAGACUAUUUUGUUUGUUGACAAAGUCUGAGAACAACGAAAUAUGUUUCCUCUGCCUAUGUUCACCCCGGAGCAAGUGGCUCGGGUGUGCGAGAACCUCGAGGAGACCGGCGACAUCGAGCGCCUUGGGCGGUUCUUAUGGUCCCUGCCUGCCGCUGUCCCUGGCUCCGCGGGGGAGGCUCUCAACCGCCACGAGUCAGUGAUGCGCGCCAGGGCGCUGGUUGCCUUCCACGGAGGAAACUUCGAGGCGCUUUACCAGAUCCUCCAGAGCCACCGCUUUACGCGAGAGUCUCACGCCAAGCUCCAAGAUCUGUGGCUGGAUGCGCACUACCGCGAGGCGGAGCGGCUCCGAGGCCGUGCCCUGGGACCCGUGGAGAAGUACCGCAUCCGCAAGAAGUUCCCCCUGCCUCGCACCAUUUGGGACGGCGAGCAGAAGACGCACUGCUUUAAGGUGAGACACCAAGCUGAGAGAACUCGCAGCCUGCUCAGAGAGUGGUACCUCCAGGACCCGUACCCAAACCCGUCCAGGAAACGGCACCUGGCCCAGGCCACGGGACUCACGCCCACACAGGUCGGCAACUGGUUCAAGAACCGACGCCAGAGAGACAGGGCUGCAUCGGCAAAGAACAUACUGCAGCAGGACCCCACCCACCUGCCUUCCGGAAGCUCCCCUGAGGGUUCUGCCCAGGAGCAUCACGCCCACCACCCCCGCCUGCUGGCCACCUCUCCGCGUCACCCGGGCAGCCCAGAGGCCAGCGACUGCAGCACGAGCACCGACCCCCGGGGCACUGGCACCUCCACCCCAGACCACUCCGUUAGCAGCGACAGCGAGUUCGAAUCCUGAGGGUCGGGUCACUGACCACAGCAGGAGAGAGGCUCUCAUUGGUUAAUUAAAUCCUGAAGAGAGAGACUGUCAUCAGUUCUCAGCCAGGAAGGACCGACCCCACAGAUAUAUAGAGACAAUAGACACUGUAGAACUACUAUGUCUGUAGCUUGAGAUUGGACACUUGGACAGGAAGUUCUCUAUGAGAGACUUGAUAUGGACACUUGAUGUGGUUGCUAGUGGACGA